CUGUCCUUCGCGGCGGGCGGGCGGGCGCGGGGCUCGGCGCGGCCCCAUGGUCAUUAAAGCGGACGAGAUGCCGCCGGCCGCCGUGCCGGCUGCCGCGCAGGGCGGCGAGCAGCAGGAGCCGGGGCCCCGCGGCAGGAGGCCGGCGGAGACGCAGCAGCGCCCCGAGCACCCCUCUGGCCUGGCACUGAUGAAUGGCAGCGGCCCACACGAGAGCCUCAAGGGUGAGAAGGAUGCCAGGCAGAAUGGGCACGAGGAGGCUGAGGCAGGAGAGGAGGGGAACGACCAGGAGGUGAUCGUCAUCCAGGACACAGGAUUCACCGUCAAGAUCUGCGCGCCGGGCAUCGAGCCCUUCUCCCUGCAGGUCUCUCCUCAAGAGAUGGUGCAGGAGAUCCACCAAGUGCUGAUGGACCGUGAGGACACCUGCCACAGGACCUGCUUCUCCCUGCAGCUGGAUGGCAACGUCCUGGACAACUUUGCCGAGCUGAAGACCAUUGAAGGGCUGCAGGAGGGCUCGCUGCUCAAAGUGGUGGAAGAGCCCUACACGGUGCGGGAGGCCAGGAUCCACGUGCGCCACAUCCGGGACCUGCUGAAGAGCCUCGACCCCUCCGACGCCUUCAAUGGUGUGGACUGUAACUCACUGUCCUUCCUGAGUGUUUUCACUGAAGGAGACCUUGGAGACAGUGGCAAAAGGAAGAAGAAAGGUACUGAAAUGGAACAAAUUGACUGCACCCCUCCUGAACAUAUCCUGCCAGGUAGCAAAGAGAGACCCCUGUGUGCCCUUCAGCCCCAGAACAGAGACUGGAAGCCUUUGCAGUGCCUGAAGGUAUUGACCAUGAGUGGCUGGAACCCUCCUCCCGGUAACCGGAAGAUGCACGGGGACCUGAUGUACCUCUACGUCAUCACGGUGGAGGACCGGCACGUCAGCAUCACCGCCUCCACCAGAGGCUUCUACUUGAACCAGUCUACUGCAUACAACUUCAACCCCAAACCUGCCACCCCCAGUUUUCUCAGUCAUUCCUUGGUGGAACUACUUAACCAGAUCAGCCCUACCUUCAAAAAAAACUUCUCUGCCCUGCAGAAGAAACGGGUUCAGAGGCACCCCUUUGAGAGGAUAGCUACCCCCUUCCAGGUGUACAGCUGGACGGCCCCGCAGGCAGAGCACGCCAUGGACUGCGUACGGGCAGAGGAUGCUUACACCUCUAGGCUGGGCUAUGAGGAGCACAUACCUGGACAGACCAGAGACUGGAACGAGGAGCUGCAGACCACCCGGGAGCUGCCGCGCAAGAACCUGCCCGAGAGGCUGCUGAGGGAGAGAGCCAUUUUCAAGGUGCACAGCGACUUCACGGCGGCGGCCACGCGGGGGGCGAUGGCGGUGAUCGACGGCAACGUGAUGGCCAUCAACCCCAGCGAGGAGACCAAGAUGCAGAUGUUCAUCUGGAACAACAUCUUCUUCAGCCUGGGCUUCGACGUGCGCGACCACUACAAGGACUUCGGGGGGGACGUGGCCGCCUACGUGGCCCCCACCAACGACCUCAACGGCGUGCGGACCUACAACGCCGUGGACGUGGAGGGGCUCUACACGCUGGGGACGGUGGUGGUGGACUACAGAGGCUACAGGGUGACGGCUCAGUCCAUCAUCCCCGGCAUCCUGGAGCGGGAGCAGGAGCAGAGCGUCAUCUACGGCUCCAUAGACUUCGGCAAGACGGUGGUCUCGCACCCCAAGUACCUGGAGCUGCUGGAGAAGACCAGCAGGCCGCUGAAGAUCCAGAAGCACAGGGUGCUCAACGACAAGGGCGAGGAGGUGGAGCUGUGCUCCUCGGUGGAGUGCAAGGGCAUCAUCGGCAACGACGGCCGGCACUACAUCCUCGACCUGCUGCGCACCUUCCCCCCCGACCUCAACUUCCUGCCCGUGGAGGGGGAGGAGAUGCCCGCCGAGUGCAGGAAGAUGGGCUUCCCCAAGCAGCACAGGCACAAGCUCUGCUGCCUGCGGCAGGAGCUGGUGGAUGCCUUCGUAGAGCACAGGUAUCUCUUAUUCAUGAAGCUGGCUGCACUGCAGCUGAUGCAGCAGAAAGCCAGCAAGCAGGAGAGCUCUGGAGCUCUGGAGAAUGGCUCCUCUGCAGAGAAUGGCUCUGCAGACAGCGAGAGGCCUGAGCCCGAGGAGGGCAAGCUGGAGGAGAACGUGACUGGGCUGGAGCAGGUGAAGGAGCUCGCUGAGACCAUUGCCUCUGAUGAUGGAGCAGUGGAUCCCAAGAGCAGGGAAGUGAUUCGGAACGCGUGCAAGGCCGUGGGCUCCAUCAGCGACACCUCCUUCGACAUCCGCUUCAACCCAGACAUCUUCUCUCCAGGUGUUCGUUUUCCUGAGUCUAGCAAGGAGGAGGUGCAGGAUCAGAAGCAGCUGCUGAAGGAUGCUGCUGCCUUCCUGCUGUCCUGCCAGAUCCCAGGUUUGGUCAAGGACUGCCUGGACCACACAGUGCUGCCCAUGGAUGGAGCUACCUUGGCAGAGGCCAUGCACCAGAGGGGCAUCAACAUGCGGUACCUGGGCAAGGUCAUCAGCUUCAUCACCAAGACCCCUGGGCGUGCUCAGCUGGAUCACAUCUUUAAAAUCGGGAUCGGCGAGCUGAUCACGCGCUCGGCGAAGCACAUCUUCAAGACCUACCUCCAGGGUGUGGAGCUCUCAGGUCUGUCAGCAGCCAUCAGCCACUUCCUCAACUGCUUUCUGAGCUCCUUUCCAAAUCCCAUUGCCCACCUCCCAGCUGAUGAGCUGGUCUCCAAGAAGAAGAAUAAGAAGAGGAAAAACAGGAACCUUGGCAAUGCUGACAACACUGCAUGGGCCAGCAUGACCCCUCAGGAGCUCUGGAAGAACAUUUGCUCUGAAGCAAAGAACUACUUUGACUUUAGCCUCGAAUGUGAGAAUGCUGACCAAGCAGCUGAGGUGUACAACCUCCAGAAGAUCACCCUGCUGCGGGAGAUCUCCCUCAAAACUGGAGUGCAGAUCCUGCUGAAGGAGUACAACUUUGACAACAGGCACAAGCCAACCUUCACAGAGGAGGACAUCCUCAACAUCUUCCCUGUGGUGAAGCAUGUGAACCCCAAAGCCUCAGAUGCUUUCCACUUCUUCCAGAGCGGGCAAGCAAAGGUUCAGCAAGGUUUCUUGAAGGAGGGCUGUGAGCUCAUCAAUGAAGCCUUAAACUUGUUCAACAAUGUGUAUGGUGCUAUGCAUGUGGAGAUCUGUGCCUGCCUGAGGCUGCUGGCUCGACUCAACUACAUCAUGGGGGAUUACUCCGAGGCCUUAAGCAACCAGCAGAAGGCGGUGCUAAUGAGCGAGAGGGUCCUGGGCAUCGAGCACCCCAACACCAUCCAGGAAUACAUGCACCUUGCCCUGUACUGCUUUGCAAACAGCCAGCUCUCCACGGCGCUCAGCCUGCUGUACCGCGCUCGCUACCUCAUGCUGCUGGUCUUUGGGGAGGAUCACCCAGAAAUGGCCCUCUUGGAUAACAACAUCGGCCUGGUGCUGCACGGGGUGAUGGAGUACGACCUCUCCCUCCGCUUCCUGGAGAACGCCCUGGCCAUCAGCUCCAAGUACCACGGCUCCAAGUCCCUGAAGGUCGCGCUGAGCCACCACUUGGUCGCCCGUGUGUACGAGAGCAAGGCGGAGUUCCGCUCGGCGCUGCAGCACGAGAAGGAAGGUUACACCAUCUACAAAAACCAGCUUGGAGAGCACCACGAAAAGACCAAAGAGAGCUCAGAGUACCUGAAGUACCUGACCCAGCAGGCGGUGGCCCUGCAGCGCACCAUGAACGAGAUCUACAAGAACGGCUCCAACGCCAACAUCAUGCCCCUGAAGUUCACAGCUCCCAGCAUGGCCAGUGUCCUGGAGCAGCUCAACAUUAUCAAUGGAAUUCUCUUCAUUCCACUAAGCCAAAAGGACUUGGAGAACCUGAAAGCAGAGGUGCAGCGCCGCCAGCAGCUGCAGGAGAGCCUGAGGAGUGGGGAGCAGCUGGAGCCCGAGGACAAGGCUGGGGAGGAGAAAGAGGCUGAGCCCAGCAAGCCUGCUGAGAUCCCCCUGACACAGAGCUCCGCUUAA